UCGCCGCGCCCCGGGCUCCGCGCACUCGGGCACUCGGGACCCGCAGGGCGGCGGGCGGCCGGGUCGGAGCGGCGGCCGCGGGAGCCGGGGAGCGGGGAGCCCGCAGGAGCCGGGGAGCCCGCAGGCCGGGCCCGGAGCGCGACGACCGCCGCCAGCCCACCGGUAGUCGUGUUCAAGGUGUGGAACGGGUGUCGCGUGCAUCACUCCACAGUCCGCACACCCUGCUGAGGACCCCACAGCCCGCUGCAGCCCCGGAGCUCACCGGCCUGCCCCUUAGGGCCCUACUCCUAGAGGGAACCGGAAGAGACAAUGGCCAAAAUGGAGGUGAAAACGUCACUUCUGGACAAUAUGAUUGGGGUUGGAGAUAUGGUUCUCCUAGAGCCUCUCAAUGAGGACACCUUCAUCAACAACCUCAAGAAGCGCUUUGACCAUAAUGAAAUAUAUACGUACAUUGGAAGUGUGGUCAUAUCCGUUAACCCAUACCGGUCGUUGCCCAUUUAUUCACCAGAGAAAGUAGAAGAUUACAGGAAUAGAAAUUUUUAUGAACUGAGCCCUCACAUCUUUGCCUUGUCAGAUGAAGCAUACAGAUCCCUAAGAGAUCAAGAUAAAGACCAGUGUAUUCUCAUUACUGGAGAAAGCGGAGCGGGAAAAACAGAGGCCAGCAAGCUUGUUAUGUCCUAUGUAGCAGCUGUUUGUGGAAAAGGAGCAGAAGUGAACCAAGUCAAAGAACAGCUUUUGCAAUCCAACCCAGUUCUGGAAGCUUUUGGAAAUGCCAAGACUGUAAGGAAUGACAACUCUUCUAGAUUUGGCAAAUACAUGGAUAUUGAAUUUGAUUUUAAAGGCGAUCCGCUGGGAGGAGUGAUAAGUAACUAUCUUUUAGAGAAGUCUCGAGUUGUUAAGCAGCCAAGAGGUGAAAGGAACUUCCACGUGUUCUAUCAGCUGCUCUCCGGUGCCUCUGAAGAGCUCCUAAAUAAGCUUACACUGGAGCGGGAUUUCAGCAGAUAUAACUACCUGAGUUUGGACUCGGCCAAAGUUAAUGGAGUGGACGACGCAGCCAAUUUCAGAACUGUUAGGAAUGCCAUGCAGAUUGUGGGUUUUAUGGAUGAUGAAGCCGAGUCUGUCUUGGAAGUGGUGGCAGCGGUGUUGAAACUGGGGAACAUCGAGUUCAAGCCCGAAUCUCGAGUGAAUGGUUUAGAUGAAAGCAAAAUCAAAGAUAAAAAUGAGUUAAAAGAAAUCUGUGAGUUGACCGGCAUUGAUCAGUCUGUUCUAGAACGAGCCUUCAGUUUCCGAACCGUUGAGGCCAAGCAGGAGAAGGUUUCAACUACACUGAAUGUGGCUCAGGCAUAUUAUGCCCGUGAUGCUCUGGCUAAAAACCUCUACAGCAGAUUGUUUUCAUGGCUGGUAAAUCGAAUCAAUGAAAGCAUUAAGGCGCAGACCAAAGUGAGAAAGAAGGUCAUGGGUGUUUUGGACAUUUAUGGCUUUGAAAUUUUUGAGGACAACAGCUUUGAGCAGUUCAUUAUUAAUUAUUGUAAUGAAAAGCUACAGCAAAUCUUCAUUGAACUUACCCUCAAAGAAGAGCAAGAGGAAUAUAUACGGGAGGGCAUAGAAUGGACACACAUUGACUAUUUCAAUAAUGCUAUCAUUUGUGACCUAAUAGAAAAUAACACAAACGGAAUCCUGGCCAUGCUGGACGAGGAAUGCCUGAGACCUGGCACGGUCACCGACGAGACCUUCUUGGAGAAGCUCAACCAAGUGUGCGCCACCCACCAACACUUUGAAAGCAGGAUGAGCAAGAGCUCCAGGUUUCUCAACGACACGUCCCUGCCUCACAGCUGCUUCAGAAUUCAGCACUAUGCUGGCAAGGUGCUGUACCAGGUAGAAGGAUUUGUUGACAAGAACAAUGAUCUUCUCUACCGAGACCUGUCCCAAGCCAUGUGGAAGGCCAGCCACACCCUCAUCAAGUCUUUGUUCCCUGAAGGGAACCCUGCCAAGAUCAACCUGAAAAGGCCUCCUACAGCAGGCUCACAGUUUAAGGCGUCUGUGGCCACACUGAUGAAAAACCUCCAGACCAAGAAUCCGAACUACAUUAGGUGCAUCAAACCAAAUGACAAAAAAGCAGCACACAUCUUCAACGAGGCUCUAGUAUGUCAUCAGAUCAGGUACCUGGGUCUUCUGGAGAAUGUCCGAGUGAGGAGGGCAGGCUACGCCUUCAGGCAGGCCUAUGAACCUUGCCUAGAAAGAUACAAGAUGCUUUGUAAGCAAACAUGGCCUCAUUGGAAAGGACCAGCGAGGGCUGGCGUGGAGGUUCUGUUUAAUGAAUUAGAGAUUCCUGUGGAAGAGUACUCCUUUGGUCGAUCAAAGAUAUUCAUCCGGAACCCGAGAACAUUAUUCAAACUAGAGGACUUGAGGAAGCAGCGUCUUGAGGACUUGGCCACUCUCAUCCAGAAGAUUUAUCGGGGGUGGAAAUGCCGCACACAUUUCCUGCUAAUGAGAAAAAGCCAAAUCGUCAUAGCCGCCUGGUACAGGAGAUACGCGCAACAAAAGAGGUAUCAACAGAUCAAGAGUUCUGCUUUGGUAAUUCAGUCUUACAUCCGGGGUUGGAAGGCCCGAAAAAUCCUAAGGGAACUGAAGCACCAGAAGCGCUGCGAGGAAGCGGCCACCACCAUUGCGGCGUACUGGCAUGGUACCCAGGCGCGAAGGGAACUGAACCGGCUGAAGGAGGAGGCUAGGAAUAAACAUGCUAUUGCAGUUAUUUGGGCUUACUGGCUUGGAUCCAAGGCUCGAAGGGAAUUGAAACGCUUGAAGGAGGAGGCUAGGCGUAAGCAUGCAGUUGCUGUCAUUUGGGCUUACUGGCUUGGAUUAAAGGUACGUAGAGAGUACAGGAAAUUCUUCAGAGCCAAUGCUGGAAAGAAAAUAUAUGAAUUUACACUUCAGAGAAUUGUGCAAAAAUACUUCUUGGAUAUGAAAAAUAAGAUGCCUUCCUUAUCUCCAAUAGACAUGAACUGGCCAUCGAGACCUUACCUAUUCUUGGAUUCUACUCACAAGGAGCUAAAAAGGAUUUUCCACUUGUGGAGGUGUAAAAAAUACAGAGACCAGUUCACUGACCAGCAGAAACUUAUUUACGAAGAAAAACUAGAAGCCAGUGAACUCUUCAAAGACAAGAAGGCUUUAUACCCAUCUAGCGUUGGGCAACCAUUCCAAGGAGCCUACCUGGAAAUCAACAAGAAUCCCAAGUAUAAGAAACUCAAGGAUGCCAUUGAAGAAAAGAUUAUCAUUGCUGAAGUUGUGAACAAAAUUAACCGUGCCAAUGGGAAGAGCACAUCCCGGAUUUUCCUCUUAACAAAUAACAAUCUCCUCCUUGCUGAUCAAAAGUCGGGGCAGAUCAAGUCAGAGGUUCCUUUGGUGGAUGUGACCAAAGUGUCCAUGAGCUCACAAAACGAUGGCUUCUUUGCCGUCCACCUCAAAGAGGGCUCCGAAGCAGCUAGUAAAGGAGACUUUCUCUUCAGCAGUGAUCACCUGAUUGAAAUGGCCACCAAGCUGUAUCGGACGACUCUCAGCCAAACCAAACAGAAGCUCAAUAUCGAAAUUUCGGACGAGUUCCUGGUGCAGUUCAGACAGGAUAAAGUAUGUGUGAAGUUUAUUCAGGGCAACCAGAAAAACGGGAGUGUCCCAACGUGCAAACGAAAAAACAACCGUCUCCUUGAAGUGGCUGUUCCUUAACUGGUUCCUCCUCUCUGCUUUCACGGACUCGUUUCCUUGUAAUAGUGCAAUUUUGUUUUGUUUUGUUUGGGGUUCAUUGUAUGUUUGGGGAUUGCCAAAGGCCAAUACUGUUAGAGACCCUUGGCAAAAUAAAAAUAUUUGACUAAUCAAUUUUUAUUAUUGGAAUAGUUUUAACCCUUAAAAUAUACAGGCUGUCCUGGGACAGGAUUAUAGAAGCUAACGGUGUCUGUGCCAUGUCCUGUGUGCUCUUUGUUUAGCCAUCAUGUUAGUUCGGUGUACCCAAGAUCAACAUAUUACUCAUAAAUCGUUAUUAUUUCUAAGUAGAGGAAAUGGUCCCAAGGGUUAGUGCAUCCGUUCAUCAGGUAUUUAUUGAGGGCCUGCUCUUUGCUAGGCGCUGUGCUGGAUGACACGAAGCUGGUUAGGAAGGCUCUCACUUUCCAGGCCGUGGCAUCCUGGCUGACUUGCGCGGCCUUUACUAGUGCGAAGAGAGGUUGAAGACCUUGAAACCCAGACAGUAAAUGUUGCUGAUGACCAGCGUUAUUCCAAAUCCUGCGGUGUGACCUUUAACAAAUACACUUAAAUAAGGGCUGGUCCUAGAAAGUAGAAAUAUAUGACCCAGCAAAAUGCCUCUUCGAGUGGUUUCUACUUGAAAAGAGAAAACUGACAUUUGAACAGGACUUUCAAUUUGUCUGGAUCUUGUCAUUGCUUUUAACAGUAGAAAACAGUCAUUCUUAUUGUAGAAAAAGUGACAGAAGUAGUCUGGUAAGAUUAUAUUUUCCUGUUUCUGGUAAACCUCAUCUAUGAUCCUACAUAGGCCAAUAUUUUAAACAGUGAAAGCAGUCAAGGGCUGAAAGCCUUUCAGAGAGCGGCAAGCAUUCUGUACGACGUGCAAUAAUCAUCCAAGAUCUUUUUUGAAAGUUUUAUUUAUAAUACACAUUUUGUAUGAAAGAGGUGAUUGGUACAGGGUGCAUAUUGUAGUGAAGGAUCAAAACUGUUCAUGUUAAUUUGCAGGACUUUUUUGUUUUUUCAAACUUACAAUAAGGAUUCAUUUUGGAAACAACAUUUUAAACUUUGGAAUCAAACUGUUUCUUAUUCGGGAGGAUAAUGUAUAUACAUUGGUAUGUUAAAUAAUAAAACCGCUCUAAUUUGGUGCCA